UGGCGGGGUCGUUCAGCAGCCUCGCUCACUCCGGGGUUGGGCUAUGUAGAAUAGCAGGGUCUCCAGGAAAGCCAGCCGGGACCCAGGCUAGGCGGUUUCCAGGACAACAACUCAUUUGCAUAUGGUCGCGUUGUGGCCAGUGAGAGUGCUGCAGAUGGUGGGAAACCCGGGCAGUUGUGUGGGGGUAGUCUAGUCUUGUGGUGGGCAGGUGUGGGAUGCACCCAUUUCACAGACCAGCGGUUGGAGGCUCAGGGGCUAGGGAAACACGGAGAGAGGUGGCUAUGAGCUUUCAUGUCAGAAAAGCCUUAACUGGUUGGGAUGUUUUAUUUGGGUUUUAUUGAGUCUCACUAUGUAGACCAGACUGGCCUCGAACUCACAGAGAUCCUCCUGCCUCUGGCAAACGAGUGCUGGGAUUAAAGGUAUGAGCCACUACAUAUAGCCUGGUUUGAUUUAUUAAUCUGUAUUUUUUAAGCCCACAGUGUUUAACUUAAGUGUCACCACACAGACUGCUGGAAUGGGAAGCAGCGGUGCCGGGGUGCUGGGGUCGUAUCUCCUGGUGCUGUUGGCUCUGCUCCACCUGUCAGGGAGUCAAGCUCUCACCUGCAUGGUUUACCCAGGCCGUGUAGACUGGACUCAGACAUUUAAUGACACAUGCCUCAAUUUCAGUGGCCUUGGCCUGUCCCUGCCAAGGAGCCAGCCCUUGCAGGCCAGCCAUGCUCAAGUCCUGGACCUGUCUAAGAACGGCCUGGAGGUGCUCCCUGGAGUCUUCUUUGCCAACCUGGAAAAGCUGCAAACCCUGAUUGUCACCCACAACCAUCUGAACAGUGUGGACAGGUCACUGGCCCUACGCUGUGACCUGGAACUCAGGGCGGACUGCAGCUGUUGGCUGGCCUCCUGGCACGACACCCGCCAGAACUGCUCCGAGCAGCAGCAGCUGCUGUGUCUGCAUCCGGCCACUGCAGCUCCGAGGAACCUCUCCACCUUCCUUCAGGUCAGCUGUCCCCCAAGCUGGGGCCCGGGGACCAUCGCUGCCCUUGCUGCCGGGAUUAUCUUCCUGGCUUUGGCUGUCAGUGGAUCUGUGCUGGCCUGGAGACUUCUUCGCCGACGAGCCAGUAAGCACGGCCUCAGCAAAGCCCAGAAUUCACACGAUGUCCCCAGACCAGUGACAGACUUCCUGCCAAGGUACAGCAGUCGGCGACCUGGCCCCAAGGCCCCAGACUCGCUCCCCAGCAGGUCCACAGAGGACUAUGAGAAUGUCUUCGUUGGCCAGCUGGCUGAGGAUUGCUCAUGGGCUACAGCCAGAAGCCGCCCUUCUGAGGACAGUGACUGCUACAUGAACUACAGGAGUGUCGACCUGGACUCUCAGCCCGUCUAUUGCAAUCUGGAGUCGCUGGGGCGGGGCCCAGCGGACGACGAGGAGCCUGUAGUCUCGUGGCGCUGAGCCCGGUCCGGCCUGUGGGAACAGACACUGAACCCAAGAAUCCGCGCCCACCCCCCCGGGACACCCUACGAUCCCGCACGCUCAACAUCACAAGGGGCACGAGGACCCCUCCCCCAAAGCGGAAGGAAGGUCAGAAACAACCCUCGGUCAGUGUGCAUGCAGGUGGUGCUCAAUAAAAGCUCUGGGCCACAUGGAGCAGCUGGCUCUGAACAGGACUGACCGGUGGCUUCCGGAGAGUCCGAACUGCA